AUGGGAAAGCCAACAAUCCAAAACAAUAACUUUAUAAACCACUUCAGCCACCCACACCCCCUUCAAUUAGUCCCGGCGACGUCAUCACCACCAUGCUCCGCCUGCAAAGUCGCCGGAAGCAGCGGCCGUAUUUACUCAUGCAGGCCAUGCAACUUCUCUCUCCAUGAGUCGUGUAGCAAGAAGAUGAAGCAGGUAAUAACACAUCCCUCUCACCCUUCUCAUACGCUAACCCUUCUCGUGGCUCCGGUCUACGACGGUGGAUACUUCAACUGUGAUGGUUGUGGCGUCAUAGGCACUGGAUUUAGCUACCAAUGCUCUCGCUGCGACUUUGACAUCCACGCGCUUUGCGCUUACAAGCCCCUCUCCAUCAUUCACAAGUCUCAUCCGCAACACAGCCUAAACCUUACGUUUCACUCCCCUUAUGGAUCCAAUAAAGGCUUCUCUUGCGACGUAUGCCUCAAGAUCGGUAAGAACCAGUGGCUUUAUCGAUGCAUCCCUUGUGAAUUCGACGCUCAUGUCGGUUGCAUGACUGCUUCUCAACCUCACCACCUUCAACAUAGUAAUUCUGCACCUACUCCUCAUGCUCAUCAUAUCGGUCACCCUCAACAUCAAAACUCGCUUCCUAUGCCUAAUCAAGGCAGUCACAUGCCUAGACCAAGGCCCAUGACAAGGCCCAUCCGUAAUCCCAUUAGGCCUAUGGCUCAGAACGUUGCGGCAUAUGGACCAAGAAGACAGAACAACAACAACAACAACAACAACUUGGGUUAUAAUGUUAAGGCUGGUCCUAUUGGACCAAAUGGACUUACUGAGCAAGUAGGACAAAGUUUUGAUCAAGGGUCAAUAGACGGAAGUGGCUACGAUGGUAGUGUAGGGAACGAAGAGUUUGAUGGUGAAGUCGAUGUUGAGAUUGAAUAUGAAGUUGAUGUGUAUGAAGCUAAUGAAGAUGGAGAGGCUAAUGGCGAGGGCCAAGACAUUGGUGCUACCAAACUUGAAACUGUGUUUUGUGGUGAUGAUUAUGAUGCUCCUCGUAGCGAGAGUGAGUUUGGAGGCAGCAGUGAUGCUCGUAGCCAGAGUAAUGAUUCGCCUGAUGUUGAUCUCUAUCCACUAUCAGUUCGUACAAGACAAGGAUCAAGUGGUGGUAGGAAGAAAAACCCAAACCCGAGCGGUCCAUCAGCUAGAUCGGAGAAUAUGGGUUUUAGUGGGUCUCGUGGUAGGCUUCAAGGGUCCAAGAAUCCAGUCCAAAGUCCUAGAAGACCACAAAGUAGAAAGGUGCCAAAUGUACGUAAUACUGCAAUAAGAGCUGGUGGACCUGUCCGAGUUAACAUACCUCGUGAACCAGCUGCAUUUAAUGGACCUAUUGGUGGACCUUCCAAUGCAACUGAUGGUGGUAGCAACUACGAUAACUACAACCAAGUCGAUGGAGGUAAUAUGUAUGGUGGUGAGUCUGGUGACUAUGGUGAGAGUUAUGGUGAUGGUGAUUGUAACUAUGAAGUUGGAAGCGAGUUUAUCGACGACGGUUGUGAUCAAGCUUACGGUGGAAACGAUUUCGAAAGCUACAAUGAGUCUAUGUAUGAUGGAAAUGAAUCUUAUGGGACUAUGGAUGAUUCACAAUAUGGUGGUUUAAAUGAAGAACCCAGUAACCAAUAUGUACCCAUGGUUGGACCGGGAAUUAAUAACCAGAAUCAGUAUGGUCAGACCGGUAGGGCAAGGAACGUGGGCAGGUAUGGACGAGGUGGUGGUACUAGAAAUCUGAACCAAGGUGUGUAUAGUACUCAUGCAAGAACCAUGGGUCCAGUGGCUCAAUAUAGGCCUAAUGGAAGACCUUAUAGGACUAACGGACUUGGAAAUCAGAUGAUGAAUACGAUGGUGCGGGGUUUGUGUCAAGGCUUGGCUACGAACAUGAACAUUGGCGGUGGUGGUGGUGAUGUUAUGAACGGCGGAGCGAAUGACGGUGGUACAUCAUUUGGAGAUACGUAUGGUGGGGAGUCUUUUGGAGAUGCGUUUGGUGAUGGAUCGUUUGGAGACGCGUUUGGUGGUGAAUCGUUUGGAGAUGCGUUUGGUGGUGGUGAGUCAUUUGGAGAUGCGUUUGGUGGUGAUUUCGAGUUUUGA